AUGGAGUACGUUGCUGAUAUCACAUUGGGCUCUCCACAACAAACGUUUCGGGUAGCACUUGACACAACAUUUUCCGAUACCUGGGUAGUAGACUCCAAAUGCUCAGCAAUUAAGCCAUUGGUGUGCGAUGACUCAAUCUGUGAUCAAGGAUGUGAGUAAUG